AUGUCUGUCCCCUACUUGGAAACAGACAAUGGGCUCUUCAAGCCCUCCACCAUGGAGAAGCAGGCUACAAACAUUGACAGAGACCUACUAGAGAAGCCCACGUCCAUGGAUCGACUGCUCGAGAACGCUCGCGCAGCCACCGAUAAGGAACACAAAAUGACCCUGAUGCAGGGCAUCAGAUUGUAUCCGAAGGCUGUCGCCUGGAGUGUGCUCAUCUCGACGUGUAUUGUUAUGGAGGGCUACGAUAUCAGUCUCGUGGGUAACUUGUACGGCUUUGACGCCUUCAAUAGGAAGUAUGGCGUGGAAGGUCCCAAUGGACAAUAUCAAGUGCCUGCCAGCUGGCAAUCAGGUCUGAGCAACGGCGCGGCCGUAGGCGAAAUCUUCGGCCUCUUCAUCAACGGAUACGUGUCGGAAAGAUUCGGAUAUAGAUACACUGUCAUGGCGUGUCUUACAAUGGUGGCCGCUUUCACGACCAUCUUCUUCACGGCCCAGAAUGUGCAGACGCUAUUAGUCGGCGAGAUCCUCUGCGGUAUCCCCUGGGGCGUCUUCCAGACACUCACCAUCACCUAUGCCUCUGAGGUGUGUCCCGUUCCCUUGCGUAGUUAUCUGACGUGCUACGUCAAUACGUGCUGGGGAAUCGGCCAAGUCAUUGGUGUCGGUGUCAUCAAGGCAAUGUUGAACCGUAGUGGCGAGUGGGCAUAUCGCAUUCCUUACUCUCUGCAGUGGAUGUGGCCCUUGCCUCUGUUCAUCGGUGUCUACUUUGCCCCCGAAUCGCCUUGGUGGCUCGUGCGAAAGGGACGCGUCGAGGACGCGAAAAAGUCACUCCUUCGCCUGACGAGCGUAAACAGGGAGACCGACUUUGAUGCCAACGAGACCAUUGCCAUGAUGGUACACACUACCGCGCUCGAACAGAAAAUCACCAAGGGUGCAAGCUACUUGGACUGCUUCAAGGGCACGGAUCUGCGCCGCACCGAAAUUGUCUGCAUGGUCUGGGCCAUUCAGAACUUGAGUGGGAACCAAUUCUCGAGCUACUCAACCUAUUUCUUGGAGCAGGCUGGUCUGAACUCGUCGGAUUCAUAUUCCUUUGCUCUGGGCCAAUACGCGAUCAAUAUUGUCGGCGUGUUUGGUGCAUGGGGGUUAAUGUCCUUGGGCAUUGGCCGUCGUACUCUUUACCUCUGCGGUCUGUGUGGUCUCGACGUCAUGCUCUUCAUCAUGGGGUUUUUGGGUCUUGUCCCCGAGGCGCAUCGCACCCAAGGCGCGCUCGCUACGGGCUGCAUGAUGAUCAUAUGGGCUCUCUUCUACCAGAUCUCUGUCGGAACGGUAUGCUAUUCCCUCGUGUCCGAGCUGUCCACUCGCCGUCUGCAGAUCAAGACUGUCGUACUUGGCCGGAAUCUGUACAAUAUCGUCGGCAUCAUCACGGGCGUUUUGACGCCUUACAUGCUCAACCCGACUGCAUGGAACUGGAGUAAUUAUGCCGGGUUUUUCUGGGCGGGUCUUUGCUUCUUCUGCAUUAUAUAUACUUAUUUCCGUGUACCGGAGCCCCGUGGUCGUACUUUUGCCGAGUUGGACGCGCUGUUUGAGAAGGGCGUGAGUGCAAGGAAGUUUGCUACUGCGGAAGUUAAUGUCUUUGAAGAGGAUGUUGACAAGGGCGUUGUUGAUACGUAUAAGGAUGUCUACGAGCGCGAAGCUCCCACGGUGUGA